UUGUGGAAUGCAAAAGUGUCAAACUGAAUCAAAAUAAAAACACGUGUGAUCAACAGUGCAGCAUUCAAACCAAGAAAGUGUAUUUUAUAAAUAAUUAAUUGAUUAACACAAUGUCCGAAGAUAAGCCUGAAGCCGCAAAAGAAGAAUUAACGCAAUCUUCGGUGGAAAACGAUGAGCUUAAAGAAAAUUCGGCAGCAAACGAUGCCGAUACAACAAAACCAGAAACAUCUGUUACCACAAAAAAACCAGCGGCAAAAACACAAAAAGGCAGAAGAAAGCCUGCAGAGGGUAAUCCUGUACGCGGCUUGCCUAAGUCUGGUCGCCCAUGGAAAACCCCGAAGCAAAAGUUUAGUACAAUAAAAAAGUCUAAACACCGUUUACCAUUCGAAAAGAAAAUGGAGCUGCGUAAUGAACUGCGAAACAUUAAGGAAAGAUCACGAGAAAUCAAAGAGCAACGCAAGGAAGCGGCUGUACAAAAGAAUCAGAGGCGCAUUGAAAAUGCGGAGCGUCGUUUAGCAAAUGAGCGUCGCUCAGAAAUUGUCCAGAUAAUCAAGAACCCGGCGAAAUUGAGGCGCAUGAAGAAGAAGCAAAUGCGAAUGAUUGAAAAGAGGGACAUAAGUCAAGUGAAAGUGGUUUAAUUGGGACAUCGCAGAGCAGGGCUAGUUUAAGUUUUGUAGUUACUUCCUUUUUCUUAAUUAAA